GUGUAGUACUAUAAUAUAAGUAAUGCUAAUACUACUGUAUGUGUUACUGUAAAAACUGUUACUCAGGAGGGUCAAAGGAUCCAGUCAGAAUCCAAAGAUCAAUUAUUUAUGUUAUUUUAGCUGAAAUGUGUUUUAGUGAGAGACACACCUAAACGCUGUUGUUGUUAUAACGUGUGCCGGGUGAGCUCAGUUAUCACAGAAAACAAUCAGUGAUGAGAAAAUCAGCAGAGGCGGGGGUAAAAAAGGACGGAGGAAGAAUCUUUACUGAAAUAAAAACGUGCUUUUACGUGCAGGUCGACACCUGUGUGCACAGUCGGGGCUCCCGUGCACGUUCAUGCUUGUGCGGGAAUAUGAAACACACAUGAGUUAAAGAUCAGACCACAUUAAUGGAAACAGAGAGACACAAACACGUGUUCCUUCAUCAGAACUCCAGUGAAUGCAUUCGAAAUAAAAACAAGCAGGUAGAAGGAGAACAUUUGUUAUAUUCAGUCUGGCUCAGGGGGAACUGUGCUGCUGUUGACCGAAGGAGAGGAGGAGAGGAGGAAGGCAUGCUAGGAGGCAGACAGAGAGAACGUGAGAUAAAGAAGGAUUAUUUUGAACUUUGAUUGAUGCAAAGCUGUUCUUGCAGGAUAUAAAUAUGGAGCUGCAGGCAAACGUCUUCUUUAAGACCCUGAAUGAGAAGAAACAGGUGAAGCUGAGGGAGUGCAGCUUAGAGACACGCCGGUGUUGGAGCGUCAUGUGUGCAUAGCUGCUCUCUGAUUGGACUCUUGUCUCUGCUGACUCGGUCUGAUGUUGCGGCACAGUAAGCUGCAGAAGCAGGUCCUCGCUCUGUACCGGCAGUUCCUGCGAGCCGGGCAGGACAAACCGGGCUUCCUCCCCCGAAUCCGCGACGAGUUCCGAGAGAACUCCCGCAUCAAGAAGACGGACGUGAUGCACAUUGAGUAUUUAUACCGACGGGGCCAGCGGCAGCUGGAGCAGCUGAGGAACGCCAACACCAAACAGCUGGGCUCCUUCUCCAAACCCAAAGAGCGCGGCUGAAACCGCGUGACCUCCAAAAGACGCCGGCACCGUCAAACUGCUGCCAUCGUGCUCAGGAGACGGCUAUGAAGGUCGCAGCAGCGAUACAAGCUGCCGUGAAACAAAUGUUGACAGUAAUGAAUUUAUCUGCUGUCUGGAACAAUAAAAUGUGUCUGUGAGGCUUCAUGUCUCCCUCUGAAAUAUCA